AUGACCACAGGAAAUGGCAGUGUGAUAACAGAAUUCAUUUUGCUAGGGCUCACAGAUCGCCCAGAGCUCCAGCCUGCCCUAUUUGUGCUGUUUUUGGCCCUUUAUCUCAUCACCCUCUCUGGGAACCUGGGCAUGGUAGUGUUGAUCCAACUGGACUCUCGCCUUCACACGCCCAUGUACUUCUUCCUCAGUAACUUGGCCUUUGUGGACUUGUGUUACACCUGCAAUGCAACCCCACAGAUGCUGAAGAAUUUCUUAUCAGAGAAGAAGACCAUCUCCUUUGUGGGAUGCUUUACACAGUGCUACAUUUUCAUUGCCCUUCUCCUCACGGAGUUUUACAUGCUCGCUGCAAUGGCCUAUGACCGCUAUGUGGCCAUAUGUGAUCCUCUGCGCUACAGUGUGAAGAUGUCCAGGAGAGUGUGCAUCUGCUUGGCCACAUGUCCUUAUGUGUAUGGGUUCUCAGAUGGACUCUUCCAGAGCAUCCUGACCUUCCGCAUGACCUUCUGUAGGUCCAAUGUCAUCAAUCACUUCUACUGUGCUGACCCACCACUCAUCAAGCUCUCCUGCUCUGACACGUAUGUCAAAGAGCAUGCCAUGCUCAUCUCAGCUGGCUUCAACCUCUCCAGCUCCCUCACCAUCAUCCUGGUGUCCUAUGCCUUCAUCAUGGCUGCCAUCCUCAGGAUCAAAUCAGCAGAGGGCAGGCGCAAGGCAUUCUCCACCUGUGGCUCCCACAUGAUGGCUGUCACCUUGUUUUAUGGGACCUUGUUCUGCAUGUAUGUGAGACCACCAACAGACAAGACUGUUGAGGAAUCCAAAAUAAUCGCUGUCUUCUACACUUUUGUUAGCCCAUUGCUUGAUCCCUUGAUCUACAGUCUGCGGAACAAAGAUGUAAAGCAGGCCUUGAAGAAUGUCCUCAGAAGAAAUAUCAUCAGGACAUUGUCAAUACCUCCACUUGACCAUAAACCUUAA